AUGGAGGAGGAGGUCGACGAGGGGAAGAAGGAAAGGGACAAACGCAGUAGCAAUCAUGACGACUCCCUGUAUGAUGAAUUAUUUUCUCUCAUUUGCGCGGACAAGGAAAUUGUUAAAAAGGAGGCCUUCAAAAUUUUGCUGGGUCUGAUUGACACUGAGUCGAUGGUGGCGUACAUACAGCGCAACGAGAAGAAAUGUUUAAAGAUUUUGAUUUCCGGGCUGAACUCGGAUUACGAGGUGGUUGCGCUCCAGUGCCUGGUGAACUUGUCCGCCCACAUCCCCAAGGAACUGAUCCGGAGGAACCUCAUCGAAAUUGUGUUCGACCUGCUGAGGGACGAGGAGGAGGCCCAGGAGAGAAGCCACACGGAGCUGUACAUCAUGCUGGUGGCCAACCUGUCCAGGGAGAAGGCGGGCUUAUACAAAAUUUUGGACCUUCCAGAGGGGCAGAAGCAGGAGGGGGAGAAGCAGGAAGAGACGCAGCCGCAGCCGCAGCCGCAGGAGAGCAGAGAGCUGGCCGUGAGCCACUACCUCAACAAGCUGCUGCACCUCUUCUCCAAGCCAAUCGUCACCGCCACGAUUAACAAGCAGGUCACAGACAAGUAUUUCUUCAUCGCCCACAUUUUAAUAAACGUGUCGUCCGUGAAAGAGUGCGCCCACUUUUUCAAAAGCGUCAUUCUAUUAAACAUGCUGAGCAAGCAGAUGCUCCAGCAGGAGAGGUGCGCAGCUGUGCUGCAGUGCGUAAUUAACCUUUGCAUGAGUGAAACUCUCCAUCCGUAUAUCUUUCAUGAAGAGUGCAAUUUGAUGCCUCGUGUCCUUUCCCUUGUGUAUACCCGUGAAAAGGGUAGCAACGAUGAGUUUGCAGCGCUCCCCUCGAUCGCCACUAGCCAGAAGGGGGCCAACAAAGACUCAGUGCAUCCGCUCAUUCUUGACAUGUCGACUGUGCUCACCCCCUCCACGGAUGUAAAAAACAGAGUUAUGAUUCUUUUGCGCAACUUGUUUUCGAGGGAGCUCGCCAGGCAAAAGCUCCGCAGCUACGGCGUCGAGCACGUCCUGAGGAACUGGCUGCUGCACGAGAAGAACACGGGCAUCACGUAA